CCGGAAGUGGCGCUGUUGCCGGCCCGCUGCGGGAGCUCCAGCUUCGCGUUCCUUUCCCCUGGUCCGGAAGGCAAAGCGGCCGUCCCCGUUACAACGUUCCAGUCGCUAUCAUGGCGCUGGCCGUGCUGAGGGCCCUGGAGCCCUUCCCGGCCGAGGCUCCCCCGCUAGCGGUGUUGCUGCCGCCCGGGGGGCCGUGGCCAGCGGCAGGGCCAGCAGGCCUGGUGUUGGCGCUGAGGCCGGCGGGGGCGGGGCCGACAGGGCCGGCGCUACUAGUGGCUGCGCUGGAGGGCCCAGGUGAGGGGCCGGGGCUAGAGCCCGAGCCCGAGCCCGAGCCCGGGCCCCCAGAGCUGCUGGUGAGCCGGACCCUGCUGCGGCUCCUGGCGCUGGGCUCUGGCGCGCGAGUACGGGCCCGACCAGUGCGACGGCCCCCGGCGCUGGGCUGGGCCUUGCUGGGCGCCGCGCCGGGCACGGGUUCUGGGACGGGCCCUCGAGCCGGGCCGGUGCUCGUGCGGCGCGGAGAGGCAUUACCUGCGCUCGGUCCCCGGGUGCUGGAGACGCGGCCGGCGCUGCAAGGGCUGCUGGGCCCCGGCACGCGGUUGGCGGUGACCGAGCUCCGGGGACGUGGCGCUAAAGGGGGCGAUAGUCGUCCCCCGCUGCCGGCUCCGCCAGUGGUCUCCUCCUUCGCAGCCCCGAGUGUGCCCCGACGACUGCGGGGCAUCCUGGGCGGGGCAGGGGAGGCCUUGGGGGUUAGCAGGAGCUGCCUUCGGAGUCUCGGCCUCUUCCAGGGAGAGUGGGUAUGGGUGACCCCGGUCCGAGAGGGGACACCAGCCCCUCGGCCUCACCUGGCCAAGAUGCAAGUCCAGGAUCCUCGCUGGAAUCUCUCCGAGAAGCUAGGACCCGGGUCUUCAGAGCUGGGAGAACCUCUUGCAGACGGAGUGGCCCUGGUGCCUGCUAAUCUGGCUUUCAAUCUGUCCUGUGAGCCCCUCGAAAUCGGGGAACUCAGCCUUCAGAGAUACUCAGAAGGAUUCAGAAGUCCUGAGGACAGAGGAAGCUGCUCAGUGCUGUCUGGGCCUCCAUUUGCCAGAGAGCUACACAUUGAAAUUGUGUCCUCCCCCCACUACAACACCAGUGGCAACUAUGACCAGGCUCUUUAUCAGCACUUUGAGAUCCCCAGGAUAGUCCAGGAAGGGGAUAUUCUGUGUGUGCCAACAGUUGGGCAAGCAGACGUUUUGGAAAGAAGCCCAGAGAAACUAUUCAGGUGGCCUUUUCUGUUCUUCAAAGUGAAGACGACUGUUGGGGAUGCUCCAGAGGAACCAACCACAGCAUAUUUGGCUGAUACAACCCACACUUCCUUGUACAUGGUGGGUUCUACUCUGAGUUUUGUCCCAUGGCUCCCUUCAGAGGGACAAAGUAUCUGGAGCAGCCUAUCCCCUCCAGGGCUGGAGACUUUAGUGACACAACUUUGUGAAGUUCUGAAGCCACGACUCCACCCUGGAGGGUCUUUGUUGACGGGGACCAGCAGUGUCCUCCUGCGGGGGCCUCCAGGCAGUGGAAAGACUACAGCCAUCACUGCUGCCUGUGGCCGCCUUGGGCUCCACUUAUUCAAGGCAGACUGCUCAAAGCUGUGUGCAGAUACCAGUGCAGCAGUGGAGAAUAAGCUUCGAGCUGCUUUCUCCCGGGCUCAGCUUUGCCGCCCAUCUAUCCUGCUGUUGAAAGGUGUGGAACUCCUGGGCUGGGAACGGGAUGGCCUGGGUGAGGAUUCCCAGGUGGUAGCUGUGCUUCGACAUCUUCUUCUGAAUAAGGAUCCCCUCAUCAGUUCGCUGCCUCUGCUGGUCGUGGCUACAACAAGCUGCCCUCAGAAUGUUCCUCCUGAUGUGCAGAUAGCAUUUCCUCACGAGCUGGAGGUUCCCAUACUGUCAGAGGAGCAUCGGCUCAACAUCCUGCAGGCGCUAACUUCCCGCCUCCCUCUGGGCCAGGAAGUGAAUCUAGCCCAGCUAGCAAGAAGGAGUGCCGGUUUUGUGCUGGGUGAUCUCUGUGCCCUGUUGGCCUAUAGCAGCCGAGCAGCCUGCGCCAGGAUCCAAUCCGGUGUCAUGGCUGCUGGCAGCUUAAGUGAGGAAGAUGAGGGGGAACUGUGUACUGCUGGCUUUCCCAUACUGGCAGAGGACUUUGGGGUAGCGCUAGAACAACUACAGAUGGCGCACUCACAGGCCAUUGGGGCCCCCAAGAUCCCAGCAGUGUCCUGGCAUGAUGUGGGUGGGUUACAGGAUGUGAAGAGAGAGAUCCUGGAAACGAUUCAGCUCCCUCUGGAUCACCCUGAGCUGCUGGACCUGGGGCUGAGGCGUUCGGGCCUUUUGCUAUAUGGACCUCCAGGCACUGGAAAGACCCUCCUUGCAAAGGCAGUAGCUACUGAAUGUAGCCUUACCUUCCUGAGUGUGAAAGGUCCUGAGCUCAUCAACAUGUAUGUAGGCCAAAGUGAAGAGAACAUUAGAGAAGUGUUCUCCAGGGCAAGAGCUGCUGCCCCAUGCAUCAUUUUUUUUGAUGAGUUGGAUUCUUUGGCUCCAAGUCGAGGACGAAGUGGGGACUCUGGUGGUGUGAUGGACAGGGUGGUCUCCCAGCUCCUGGCUGAGCUCGAUGGACUUCACAGCAGCCAAGAAGUAUUUGUUAUCGGAGCUACAAACAGGCCUGAUCUCCUAGAUGCCGCACUGUUGCGGCCAGGCAGGUUUGACAAGUUGGUGUUUGUGGGACCAAGUGAAGAUCGGGCUUCCCAGCUUCGGAUACUGAGUGCUAUCACACGAAGGUUCAAACUUGAGCCCUCUGUGAACCUGGUGAGCGUCCUGGACCGAUGCCCAACCCAGCUGACUGGUGCUGAUUUAUACUCCCUUUGUACUGAUGCAAUGACAGCAGCACUCAAGCGAAGGGUCCAGGACAUUGAAGAUGGACUGGAGCCAGUUAAUUCAGCGUUUCUUCUUACAAUGGAAGACUUGGUUCAGGCUGCUACUCGGCUACAGCCAUCUGUCUCAGAGCAGGAGCUACUUCGUUACAAGCGCAUCCAACGCAAAUUUGCAGCCUGCUAGAAUCAUUUUGGGUUGUACCUAGUCCUACCCCCUCUACCAGCCCUGGAACGAUAUCAGCAAAUCAAUUGGAGUGGGCAGUGUAAUUCAGUCCUCAGGCUAUCUAACCUGGAGAAACUUCCCUGCUCAGCUCUGCUGUCAUGGAGGGAAGACACUGUCACCUAAAGGUGUGAAGCUCAAAUGCCACAGAAGUGUAAACUAAGGGGACCUGGGUAGGUGGGGAGUAAGUAGUAGGACUUGAAAGAAAAUUUUCCUGUCUCAAGUUCAUCCUUUCCACUGUUUGCCUAGUUUGGGAGUUUCAUACAUUACUGUUGAGUGACCAAUCAUCAAUUCUGAGUCAUGGGUGAAACAUGCCUUCCCCAGUUUCUGAUCAGAAACUGUAGAUGUUAGAUGAGACCUAUCUUUUCAGAUAUAGCCAGUGUGCUUUGUUGUUAUGUUUGUUUGGAAAAAAAGUCUUUGGGAAGUGA